GCCAGCCGACCUGAGAAAGCUUCAUUGCGUUACCAGACGUUCAACGGUUUGCCUACCGUACGCCUUUUUUCACACGCGAGACAGCGUUUUCUCGUCUCUGGACGAGCCUCUUUCGCGAACGGAACAUUCUUUUUUAAUCCCAACGAAAAAUGGAUUCUAAUCAGACGCCACUUUCGCCACCAGCCUCGCCCCAAUUCAAACACAUGGAACCACUUCAGUCCUCGUUCACUGUCGCGGCAUUAUUGGCGGACAAGCUUCCGCAGAAAACGAUUGUCGAUAUAAACUCGAAAAAAGGAGACGAGGGAAAUGCACGACCCGGUUUACCUCCGACUCCGCAGCCUUCCGAUUCAGAGGAAGAUGAACCUCUUCGGAAACGGAAAUGCGUGGAACAAUGCGAAUUAGCGAAGCUACUGUUAGACGGCACACCACCUCCGAGUCCAGAACCAGCCCGUGUGUCGGUCAUCAUGCGUGCCAACCGGGACGGUACCUACAGUCCCGCCAACUUGACACCAAAGACCACAUCAAUGUACUCCCAAUCACCUCUAUCGGAGGUUCAACGAGUCUACGGUCCGUCAGAGCCGAUCACGCAGCGUAGCGUUCCAGAAUCGGAGAACAUCUUGAAGAGUCUAAAAUUCAAAAUGAGCCUACGGAAAGAAGAGAUCAUCGUGAACAACAAGAACACGGAUCGCGAAUCCGCCCAGCCAAAGCUACAUCCUCUAGCACCAAAGCCUGCGCCGAUCAUGGUAACCGGACUCCUCGGAUCCCCUUUGGUUCUUCCGCGAACUCCUCUCUUGUUAGUAACUGCACCUACAACCACCGCGACGUCCACUAUAUCUUCCCCGGAAGCCGCUACGCGACGACGCGUCUACGAAUGCGAGCAUCCAGGUUGUGGCAAGAACUAUUUCAAAUCGUCUCAUUUGAAAGCUCAUACGAGAACUCACACGGGAGAACGGCCCUUUUCGUGCCCUUACAAAGACUGCAGCAGACGAUUCUCGAGAAGCGACGAACUUUCGCGACACAAACGUACGCAUACCGGAGAGAAGAAGUUCGCUUGCACCGUUUGUCAGAGGAGAUUUAUGAGAAGCGACCAUUUGGCGAAACACGUGAAACGGCACGCCAGAGAUAGGUCCUCGUCGGUCAGUGGCAACGGAGUUCCAACUUCCGUUACCCAAGUCACGCCCGCGCCCUUGAGGGUAAGCUUGUUUCCGGUUAUAGCGCCACGACUAACGCAUCCCACUCAGCAGAUAAUUCCUCCGCAAUUGGCGGCUUAAAGUGAAAACCAUCCUGACCGUUGCGGAGAAAUUGCGCGAAAGUGAAAUUUUAAUCAAUGCAAUAAACACAGAGAUGUCCUCCGAAAAAGCUCGUGUAAAGAGGCGUCGUAAGCGUGAAAAUAUUGGCGGGAAAAAUAGCUGAUUCGAAAUGAACUACGAUAAGUUAGAAGUGAGCUCCCUCUUGCCUUCGUAACGUGUGUCGCAUUGUGAUUGUUCGAAACGAGUUAACCGGAUAAAGUACUUAAAAACAAAGAAAUAAAUAGUAGGAACUUUAAGGCACGAGGAGCGGUACGAUAAGUCAGGAAAACGAGGCUUUUUUUACCGUCCGUGAACCAAGUACCUAAGUGUGUCUGUGAUCUGUGAUGCAUAAGCGCGUUGAUCGAGAAAGAGUAUUUAUUUAAAAGUGCAAAGACGAUUUUUAUCAAUUAUACACACAUACAUAUAUAUAUACACAUAACGGCUAUGCAACAAUUCAACAGUUAUGCUGUUUUCAUUAUUGCCGACUAGUUAUACGUGUUAAUUAUAGAUCAUAUAAUGUGUAUAUACAUAUAUCGUGUCCGGUUUGAACUCAACUGCCGGACAACAUGACUUUACAUUGUAUAAAGAUAAGUUUCUAAGAUUUUUCUAUGCGAUGACAGAUUAAUUAAAUGACUUAUAUACUUUCGUAAAAUUA